UGCAGGCUCGCGUGUGUUAUCAUCACGUGAUCUCUUCCGGUUCACUUCGCGCGAGAGAAUAUGAGAGACUCACAGAAAGAAGCGCGAUGAAGUUGUGUUCUAUUUUCCACAGUUACCGAUGUUUUGUUUCCCGGUGCUGUGAGGCAUUGUACUGAACCAUCCUUAAAAUAAACCAUCAUCUUUCUUUUAUAUUCAACUUGAGUAUUCAUUGAAGAUGAGUGAAGAAAGAAGAAACCCAACAGGUUAUGGGCCCAGACAUGCAACGGGAGGAAGAUGGCAGCGCCUGGUCUUCGAUGGAGACGAGGACAACUACAAACUUUGGGAAGUAAAAUUUCUUGGUCGCAUGAGACUUGAAGGUUUAAAGGACACAAUACUUUCCUCUGGUGAAGUGGACCCAGAGAAGAAUGCAGAAUGUUUUGCAGAGCUAAUCCAGUUCCUCGACGACAAAAGUCUGUCGUUGGUGAUGAGAGACGCUGCUGACGAUGGUCGCAAAGCACUACAAAUUUUACGGCGACAUUAUGCCAGUGAUGGUAAGCCAAGAAUUAUUUCCCUGUACAACGAAUUGUGUUCCCUGAAGAAAAACUCCGAAGAAACUAUUACAGACUACAUCAUUAGAGCCGAAAAGAUUGUGACUUCUUUAAGAAAUACAAAGCAAGUAAUAAGCGAUGAGUUGAGUAUUGCUAUGGUUCUGCGGGGCCUACCGGAACCAUACAAACCAUUCGUCAUUCACAUGACACAGAGCAACGAUGAAGUGACUUUUGUGGAGUUUAAGAGCAAACUACGAAGCUACGAAGAGACAGAGAAAUUUGAACACAAACCAAAUUCAGACAACGUAAUGAAAGUGGACAUAGCGUCAGCAACCUGUUAUGGAUGUGGGAAUCGUGGACAUUUUGCGAGAAAUUGUCCCCACAAAACAACACUAAAGUGGUGCAACUACCACAGAAGCACAACACAUACAGACGAGACGUGCAGAAGAAAAACCAAGCCUGACUCUGCUAAACAAACUAUGGAGAAAGAAGAAGAUUCAAAGGAAAGUGGAACCUCCUUUGUGUUCCAAGCCAGUCAUUUGGUGCUUCCAGACGGCAUCAAACAAAAUGGACUGAUGGUGGACUGUGGGGCGACGUCACAUAUAAUCACUGAGAAGAGCAAAUUUACACGAUUUGAUGAGACUUUUAACCCAAACAAACACUACAUGGAGUUGGCCGAUGGAACAAGGAAGAACAACGUGGCUCUGAAGAGAGGCGAUGCAGUGGUUCUUCUACGCAACACGGAAGGGAAAAGUGUCCCCGUCACACUGAAGAAUGCCUUGUUCAUCCCAAUCUACCCACAAGACUUCAUGUCGGUGAAAGCAGCCACGACUGAUGGAGCUCAAGUGAUCUUCGAAGAAGGACAAAACCGGCUCAUCACGAAAGAAGGAAACACCUUCAAGUUAGAAGUACACGAGAGACUGUACUACCUCAAAACGGGCAGUGUGUGGAGUCCCACAGACGUAUAAAGACACCCUGAUGUCAUCAGAGGCAGCCAGCUGGGAAAAAGCCAUGAAAGACGAAUUGGCAUCUCUCAAAGAAAAUGACACAUUUGAACUAACAACAUUACCAAAAGGGAAAAAUGCAAUAGGCGGAAAGUGGGUUUAUGCCCUCAAAGAAAACACAGAGAAAGGACAGCUUUUCAAAGCUAGAUAUGUUGCCAAAGGAUACAGUCAAACUGAAGGUAUAGAUUAUCAAGAAACAUUUGCACCAACUGCAGACAUUACUUCUGUGCGUGCAUUGAUGCAAAUAGCUGUUCAAAAUGACCUCACCGUCCACCAGAUGGAUGUGAAAACGGCAUAUUUACAUGCCCCCAUUGAUGAAGAGAUAUACCUAGAUCAACCAGAAGGUUUUCAGAAAACAUCGGACACAGGUGAAAAACUGGUAUUUAGGUUGAAGAAAUCAAUCUAUGGCCUAAAACAAUCAGGAAGAAAUUGGUACAAACUUCUAAAUGACCAUUUAGAGCAAAACAAUUUCAAAAGAAACCUAUCUGAUCAUUGUGUCUACCGAAAACAAACAGAAAAUGAAACAGUCAUUGUCAUCAUCUGGGUGGAGGACCUGAUCAUUGCUGCAAGUAGCAAAGAAGCACUUGAGCAAUUCAAAAACAUAAUGAAAGCCAAAUUCAA